CGUGUGUGCGUGUGUGUGUGUGUGUUGUGGUCAGCGGAAGAUCCCGGGGCCUGGAUCCUGAUUCCUGCCUGAGCUGUAUUUGAAGACAGAAGACUUGAGUCAGUGGGUUUGCUGGUGUGAACAGAGUUUGUGGCUCGCUCGAGUCCACUUUUCCUGUCCAUUCAAGGGCAUUGCUGGGGGCCCGAAGAUCAGCUUUUCACUGAGGCCUGUCGGCGCAGCAGGGCGGCCUCAUGGACCCUCAGAGACAUGUAGUGCUUCACCGCAGGGGAUGUAUAAGCUGACAAGUAGUCCCAGGUCUGAGCUCACACAGCCAUGGGGGACUGGAACCUGUUGGGAAAGCUUCUAGAAAAAGCCCAGGAGCACUCCACUGUGGUGGGGAAGGUGUGGCUCACCGUCCUGUUCAUCUUCCGCAUACUGAUCCUGAGUGCAGCGACAGAGAAGGUGUGGGGCGACGAGCAGUCGGGCUUUACCUGUGACACCAAGCAGCCCGGUUGUGAGAAUGUGUGCUAUGACUUUACUUUCCCCAUCUCCCACGUCCGCUUUUGGGUGCUGCAGAUCAUCUUCGUGUCCACACCUACGUUGAUCUACCUGGGGCACAUCCUCCACCUGGUGCGGAUGGAGGAGAAGCAGAAAGACAAAGAGAAAGACAAGGAGAGGCAACAUGCACACCAUUCAGACAAGCAGGCCCUCAUUGUGGGGUCUCAUCACAAAAAGCCUCUAGUGAGAGACGAGAAGGGCAGAGUGCGCCUGCAGGGGGAGCUAUUGCGCACAUAUGUCUUCAAUGUGAUCUUCAAAACCCUGUUUGAGGUGGGCUUCAUUGUGGCUCAGUACCUCUUGUACGGCUUUGAGCUAAAGCCCAUGUAUACAUGUGACAGACCUCCCUGCCCCAAUGUGGUAAACUGCUACAUAUCCCGUCCCACAGAGAAAACCAUCUUCAUCAUCUUCAUGCUGGGAGUAGCCAGCGUGUCUCUGUUCCUCAACCUCAUAGAGGUCUACCACCUGGGCUUCACCAAGUGCCGCCAGGGCAUCACCUUCAGGAGAGGUGGCCAGUCUUCUGAGUGUAUCUCCAAGGAGCCCAGCGAUGCCGCUGUGCCCUUUGCGCCGAAUUACGAUGACUACUUCCACCAAGUCGGGCACCACCAGGUCCAGUCCUCCUACCCUCCUGUACCCAGCUACAACCUCACCCCUCUGUCUGAGGGCACAGACUCGUCCUUCCACCCCUACCACAGCAAAGCGGCUUACAAACAGAAUAAGGACAACUUGGCGGUGGAAAGGAGCAGCAGCAAGCCAGAGGAAUUUGACCUGAAAGGAAAGAAGGGAGCAGGAUCAGCCCCUGGGUCACCUACGCAGGCCAGGCCCGGCCGCGGUGCCAAACACAGCAACAACAAGACUAGAAUAGACGAUCUGAAGAUAUGAGGAGGUUUAUGUUUCUCUGAGGGGUCUUAAAUUGCUGCGAGAGGAUCAUAUGUUGUUUGGUCGCAUUCAGACAUGUUGAACUGACUCCUCUCUUAAAAAUGGCACAGGUUUGACUCAUUCCAGCUUUGAGGGGAGUGACAUUUACAGGGCACAUGAAGAAGCUGCAGUCGUACUUGUGAUGUGUAAAGACUGUGGCUCAACAAAAAAACAUUUCUAAUGAACUUAGACCUAAUUUUUCUGUCCCAUGAUCCUUUACUGGGUUUUUAUUUUCCUUUUGAAAAACUUGAUUGGAUUUCACAUUAGAUUGUAGUAUCAGUGGUUUUUGGUACACCAUUUGUGGCAACACCAUAUUUUCAGUAAAUGUUUAUGCAUCAAAUACACUGGUGUUUUGUGAAUUGAAUUGAAUUGUGUAUGGUAUGCAUCUUCCACUACUCACUAUUAUCAUGGAGAAUCUAACAGAAUCAGCAUAAAAAUAUGGUCUGCUCAGGUUUUACAUUGAGCUCAUCUUUUCUUUUUCUUUUUCUUUUUUUUUUCUUUUUCUUUUUUUUCAGUGUCUGAUGAAUGCGAAUGAACCCUGCCCAAACUUUUGGAACAGAAUCCAGGGCAGAAACUUUUUCAGUGCUGACCUGACCUCGUUCAAGGAAAUCAGAUAGGGCGAAUAGUUAAAUUUAACUUCCUUUAAGUGUUUUGAGGUCAUUAUUUUAGCACAGUUCACUUGCUUAGACUUGAAGUGAAAAGUUGUGCAAUACCUGACAACAUAUUGGACACUGGAGUCACUGUAACUAAUUCCAGGACGCGCCUCAAAAGAAAUUGCACUGGUCUCAGGAGUUCCCACAUUUGUACUGUCUCUUUUUAUUGCAACAGCAAGCAAGUACAUAAUUAUAAGCACAUUGUUUUGUUUAUCCUUGUUUAUAUCAGUGUUUAUGUCGUUCGUUUUAUGUGAAGCACUUGGUGACAACCAUAUUUGUAAAAAUCGAAA